AUGAGCGUGAAGACGACAACCGAGGUCCGUGACAUCACGCGCAUCGAGCGCAUCGGCGCCCACUCGCACAUCCGCGGCCUCGGCCUCGACGAUGCGCUCGAGCCGCGCAACGUCAGCCAGGGCAUGGUCGGGCAGACCGAGGCGCGCAAGGCCGCGGGCAUCGUCCUGCGCAUGAUCGAAGAAGGCAAGAUUGCCGGCCGCGCGAUCCUGCUCGCGGGCAAGCCGGGCACGGGCAAGACGGCGAUUGCGAUGGGCAUUGCGCAGGCGCUGGGCGAAGAUACGCCGUUCACGACGAUUGCCGGUAGCGAGGUCUUCUCGCUCGAGAUGAGCAAGACCGAGGCGCUCACGCAGGCGUUCCGCCGCUCGAUCGGCAUCCGCAUCAUGGAAGAAACCGAGAUCAUCGAAGGCGAAGUCGUUGAAAUCCAAGUCGACACGCCGACGGGGUCGGUCGGCGACAAGGUCGGCCGCCUCACGCUCCGCACCACCGAGAUGGAGACUAUCGAGGCCGGCGACGUCAUUACGAUCAACAAGGAGAGCGGCAAGAUCUCCAAGCUCGGCCGGUCGUUCACGCGCUCCAAGGACUAUGAUGCCAUGGGUCCCCAGACGCGCUUCGUCCAGUGCCCCGAGGGUGAGCUGCAGAAGCGCAAGGAAGUGGUCCAUGUCGUGAGCCUUCACGAGAUUGACGUCAUCAACUCGCGUUCGCAGGGCUUCCUCGCCCUCUUUGCCGGCGACACGGGCGAGAUCAAGGACGAGGUCCGCGAGCAGAUUGACACCAAGGUCAACGAGUGGCGCGAGGAAGGCAAGGCGACCAUUGUGCCGGGUGUCCUCUUCAUUGACGAAGUGCACAUGCUCGACAUCGAGUGCUUCUCGUGGCUCAACCGCGCGCUCGAGUCGGACCUGGCGCCCGUGCUCAUCAUCGCGACGAACCGCGGGAUCACGCGCAUCCGCGGCACCAACUACAAGAGCCCGCACGGCAUUCCGAUCGACCUCCUCGACCGGCUCAUGAUCAUCUCGACCAAGCCGUACAGCGAGGCGGACGUGGGCAAGAUCCUCAACAUUCGCUGCGAAGAGGAAGACGUCGAGAUGACGGACGACGCCAAAGACCUCCUCACGCGCAUCGCGAUGGAGACGAGUCUCCGGUAUGCGAUCCACAUCAUCAUGACGGCGUCGCUUGUCUGCACGAAGCGCAAGGGCACCGAGGUCGACGUCGCCGACAUCAAGAAGGUCUACUCGCUCUUUGUGGACGUGAAGCGCUCGACGCAGUUCCUCAUGGAGUACCAGCAUGAAUUCAUGUUCAACGAGAUCAACGACGACGACGACGACGAGGACCAAGACAUGGCGUAA